CCGCUACCCCCAACCUCCCAACCAUAUCCUCACACGUGUCCCACCCUGACUCACCCUCACCUAUAUCCCCCGGUCAUCCUAUCAAACCCGCUCUCUCUUUUUUUCAGCUUCACAAUUGCAAGUUGCAACCUCACCUAACCCUUAACAUUUCUCUGAUACACGAAAAUUUCAACCAAAGCAAAAAGAAGAAAAGAAAACCUAGUAGACACCGACGACGCGGAAGCUUUCCUCGAAAUAUCCGAUCUAUUUCGCGUCUAACAUAUCAGAACCUGAUGUCAAGAAAGAUUGAAUUCUGUUUAGAAAUAAAUAUAGCACCUAAGUUUAUUUGCUGAUCUUUUUUUUCGUAACACCCAGAGGAAAUUUUUUGGUCAGAUUGGCCUAAUCUGGGUUCUGAUUCAUAGAUCUAACCGUUAGUUUAAUUCAUUAAAAUGAGUCGUCCACAUGACUUACCCCAUCCCUUCUUCCAUUUUGGAAAUCCUUUCCGGAUGAUAUCACCCAAGGGUUCCAAUUUGUCUAAAAGGCUUCUUUUACUGUUGAAUAAUUUUGAGGAAACCUUGGCAGGGAGGCUGAAAAAGCUUAACCCAAAGGACAAGGAUGGAGUCCUCAGCUUAUCAUGGAUGAAAUUAGCGAUGCUCUCGCUUUGUGAAACUCAUAAUGACAUAAAAACCCUCAUAACUGAGCUUGAACUCCCAGUGUGCGACUGGGAUGAGAAAUGGAUAGAUGCAUACUUGGACAUCAGCGUGAAUUUGCUCGAUAUAUGCAAUUCUUUUAGCUCUGAAAUCUCAAGGUUGAAUCAGGGCCAUCUCUUGCUUCAGUGUGUGCUGCACAAUUUGGAUUCCAGCUCUUCAAAGCAGUUUAUCAAGGCUCGAUCUUCACUUGAUGCAUGGAGACAGCAUAUUAGCUCAAAGAACCCUAGAGUUGAAAACUGUUCGACCAUUUUGAACAAGCUUGUGGAAUCACUCGAUCUUCCCAAGGUUAAGAACUCAGCCAAAGGGAAGGUUUUAAUGCGUGCUAUGUAUGGGGUUAAGGUGGAGACGGUAUUUAUCUGCAGUGUCUUUGCUUCAGCCUUCUCUGGUUCUGCAAGAAAAUUGUUUGAUUUGAAUGUUGAUGACAAAUAUAUGUGGGCUCAAGCUUUUACCGGUUUGCAAACUAGCAUUAAUAGUGAAAUUAGAAAUUUAUAUUCAAGUGGAAGAUUUACAGUUUUGAAAGAGCUCGAAGCAGUUGAUACAAGUGUAAAGAAAUUGUAUCCCAUGAUCCAAGAUGGUGUGGACCCUGUUGAAGUGGAAGCAUUCCAGAAGUCUGUUUCAGAUUUGGCAAGGAGAGCAGAGGGACUCUCACAGGGACUAGAUCUUCUUACAAAGGAAGUUGAUGGCUUUUUUCAUGUAGUUUUAACUGGGCGUGAUGCUUUGCUCUGUAAUCUUAGAGAGUGUGGUACUGUCUCUGACACAAAGCUAGGUUGCAAAGUAGUAGAAAGAGUACAAUCUUAAUUAUGUCCAAGCUAUAUUCUCUCCUGUAUACAAACUGGUUUAGGUAUGGGGUUUUAUGUUUUCUUAUCAAUGAAAGUUCGCCAUAUUGUUCUGCUUAUUGUAUUAAGUACGGUGUGAGUUAUAGGGUAUGCUGUGUUAGUGUUCCAACAAUUUGUAUAUGUAUGUUGUACUGUGUGAUGUCAAUGUUAUAUAAAAGGAUAUGUUGUUUGCAGAAA